CAAGGCGGCUGAGCCGACCGGUGGACCGACGGCAGUCCAAGUCGACAGCAAGCACGUUGAGAUGUGUUGCCGUCGCUGUGUCUCUGGAAGUUCUUCAUGCUCGUGGUGAACCCAGUGAGGAAAUGGACUUGGAUCAACUGGACCUAAACCCCAGAAUUACUGCUGCAGUUAAGAAGGGUAGAUUGAAGUCGGUGAAGGAGGUUCUGUGCUACUCGGGACCAGAUUUGCAGAGGCUCACCAGCCUGCCCACCCACGAUGUGGAGCAUCUGCUGAGAGCGGCCGCUCUGCACCUUCAGGGCAGCCGUGUCCUUACAGCAUUGCAGCUGUUCCAGCAGAGGGAGCGCUUCCCUGAGCAGCAUCAACGCCUGAGCCUGGGCUGCCCAGUCCUGGAUCAGUUCCUUGGUGGCGGCCUGCCCCUGGAGGGCAUCACUGACCUGGCUGGCCGCAGCUCGGCAGGGAAGACCCAGCUGGCGCUACAGCUUUGCCUGACUGUGCAAUUCCCACGGCGUUAUGGAGGCCUGGAGGCGGGGGCCGUCUACAUCUGCACAGAGGAUGUCUUCCCUAGCAAGCGGCUGUGGCAGCUCAUUGAACAGCAGCAGCAGCUGCGGACAGAUGUGCCUGGGGAGGUGGUCCAGAAGAUCAAGUUCGGCAACCACAUCUUCAUUGAGCAUGCAGCCGAUGUGGACACCUUGUUGGAGUGUGUGAGUAAGAGGGUCCCUAUUCUGCUGUCAAGGGGAAUGGCCCGCCUGGUGGUGGUUGACUCUGUUGCAGCCCCAUUUCGUUGUGAGUACGAUGUUCAGGCCUUGGCCACCAGGGCCAAGCACCUGCGGUCACUGGGGGCCACACUCCGAAGACUGAGCAGCACCUUCCGGAGCCCUGUGCUGUGCAUCAACCAGGUGACAGAAAUGGUGGAGGAACGAGAAUCUAUGCUCAGGCCACUGGGGGCCUGGGAUGAGCACCUCUCUCCCGCCCUUGGCAUCACCUGGGCUGACCAGCUCCUGAUGAGACUGAUGGUCGACCGGGUCCAUGAGGACGGUGCCACUGUGGGCUCGCCCCGGAGCCCAGCUCGGACUCUACGAGUGCUCUCCGCCCCCCACCUGCCCCUCUCUUCCUGUUGCUACACAGUUGGUGGGGAAGGCAUUAGAGGGAUACCAGGAACUGAGUCCUGCUAACAGUGGCGCAGCGAUCACCCUGAUUCUGAUGAGUCCUUCCAACUGUGUUAGCACCUGGUGGACAGAUACCCACUGCCACUUAGCAUCUGCUCUCCUCUCCCUGGGGUUCGCCUACUGCUGAGCCGUGGAGUUUGGCCCCACACACUGCCCUUUAGAGCAUUAGUUCUCACCUGGGGGUCAAACAACUCACAGGAGUCACCUGAGACCAUCAGGAAACACAGAUAUUCACAUUGCAAUUCAUAGCGAUCAAAAUUAGUUAUGAAGUAGCAAUGAAAUAACUUUGUGGUUGGGGGUCACCACAACCUGAGGAACUAUAUUUAAGGGUCUCAGCGUUGGAAGGUUGAGAACCACUGGCUUAGAAGAUGAAUGACCUACCAGGGGCUCUGGCAGCCCCAGGGCCUCUGUUUGGGAGCUGCUUAAUGACAAGGCUCAGCUCUCCUCUCCUCUGCUUCUGCCUGGGGCCGAGUCAGCAGCUGGCCUGGUGGGGCCUCCUCUCCUGCAGAAUAGUUUUAACACACAGGCAGUGAUGCCCACCACUCAGGCCAAAUGGGGCACACAAUGACAUACAACAUUGGGGGCGGAGCAAACAAGCUGACCCUCUUUCCAGAACAGUCUCAGGAAAGGAGGUGGGACUUGUCUAACCUGCUUGCCUCACCUUCCUUAGGCUGAGUAGCUCAGCAGACAGAAGUAACAUCUGCUCUGCACCCCAGAAUCACCACUUCUGGACUUGAGGCUCUACAGUCACCAAGGAAAUGUGGCCUCUGAAGACAGGGCUGUGGUUUAAACCUGUCCUGUGCUUCCAGAUACUUCCUGGCAGCACAGGCUUCCACCAGCAAAUGUGCCACAUGGGCCUCACCAAGGAGCCCUACUGCUCCAGUGUCGUGUGACUCCAAGCUGGGACUUACACUGUCACUGUGCCCACUCAAAUAGGGAAGAGACCACAUACGGUAUAUACCGUGGCAUCUUCAGGAUAGCCCCAGCCUGUAUGAAGCUCGUCAAAGCUAUCUGCAACCCCCACCCUUUUUGGCAAUUCUGGAGCCUGAACCCAGGAUCUCCUGCAUGCAAGACAAGUGCUCUGCACUGAGCUACAGCCCAGCCCCAGUGCUGCCCUGAAAGGUUGAGAACACUGGCAUAAAUGAUGGGGCACUGCUACUUGGGGUGGGAGAAGUUUAUACAAAAUAGCCUCUCUGCAAAACUGGAGGGCUUUGUAUCAGGAAAUAAAGCUUUAUUUUUGUAACAAAGUAUUGACAAUUCUAAGUUUUCUAAAUAGAUUGUAUUAAAAAUCAGAAAACACAGUUCCAAAAAGGUACACUUAGAAGACAUAUCCAAGGCUCCCAGGACCUGUAUCCACCAGCU